CCUCUCGGGACCGAACCAUGCGGGAGCUCGCCCUCGAGGUCGGCGUCCGCGUCCUGCUCUUCGGCGUCUUCGUCUUUACAGAAUUUUUGGAUCCAUUCCAGAGAAUUAUUCAGCCAGAAGAGAUCUGGCUCUAUAAAAACCCCUUGGUAGAAUCUGACAACAUACCUACACGCCUCAUGUUUGCCAUUUCAUUCCUGACACCUCUGGCUGUCAUUUUUGUGGUGAAAAUCAUUCGACGCACAGACAGGACUGAGAUUAAAGAAGCUUUCUUAGCUGUUUCCUUGGCUCUUGCUUUGAAUGGAGUCUGCACAAACACUAUUAAAUUAAUAGUGGGAAGACCACGUCCCGAUUUCUUUUACCGCUGCUUUCCAGAUGGAAUAAUGAACUCUGAAAUGCACUGUACAGGUGAUCCAGAUGUGGUGUCAGAAGGCAGAAAGAGCUUUCCAAGCAUCCAUUCUUCCUUUGCAUUUUCAGGCCUUGGCUUUACCACCUUCUACUUGGCGGGGAAGUUGCACUGCUUCACUGAAAAAGGUCGUGGGAAAAGCUGGCGGCUGUGUGCAGCAAUUCUACCUCUCUAUUGUGCCAUGAUGAUUGCUCUAUCACGCAUGUGCGAUUACAAGCAUCACUGGCAAGAUGCUUUUGUCGGAGGGGUCAUUGGGCUCGUAUUUGCCUACAUUUGUUACAGACAGCACUACCCUCCACUGGGUACCCUGGCUUGUCACAAGCCUUACGUCAGCCUGAUAAUUCAGACAUCACUGAAGAAAGAAGAGAUCCCUACAACAGAUAAUGCCACCAGCCUGCCGCUAGAAGGGAUAACAGAAGAUGGGUGGCAGAGGCUGGAAGAGAAUGACUUGUCUAAGAGCACCCAGGAACCUGAAACUGAGCAAGAAUAUGGGCAUGGACCAGGACCAAUUUUUACUCCUAUGGACCAGAUGGACUACAAAGAGGAUGUAAAUGUCUUCUGCUAAGAAAUGAUAAGCAUUCUGAACUGAAAUUGACUCUGUUCCUGCCAUCCCUGAAGACCUUCAUGUAUAAAAAGACUUUAUUUCCUUUUGUAUCUCAUCAGUUGGUAUGCAAUUACAACAACCUUCUGUUUAUCUGCUGGUUGUGUGAAUGUUUUGUUGUGUGCUGCCCAUCAUGUUUGACAGGGUUAUUCGGAGAUAGCUGAAAUGAAAUAAUGGUUUUAGAUAUACAAAAGCUUGAGAGCUGGGGAAUGCCAAGAUUACAGGCAUAAGUCAUUGCUGAAAAAGGCGUUGACAGCACGCUUAUGCAAAGCUGUUGAAGCUGUCAGCUGGCAAUAACAUAUAUUGGAAGGAUCACUUGGACUUGUGUAUUAACAAGUUAGUGUGUAUGUUUUUUUCUUUCCUUGAAAGCUUUGUAGUAAUUUACUUUGAAGCUGAGCCACUGGUUUAGAAACAGUCAUCUCCAAUCCUUUUAAAAAAUAACACUUGGCCCAAAAUAUCCAGAAGCGUGAAGAUGAAAAAGAACCCUUUUGUGUAUGUGUGUACAAGAGCUACCACCAUACCUGUAUAAUAGUUUCUCUUGAUGUGCUAAAGUAUUGGCAAUCCCAUUUUGCUUGUCUCUCCUCCCUCACAGCACUAUAUUAACUUAGCCAUUUUUCUUGUUUCAAUUUUUGUCUGCAGUGUUGAAUCUAAGCAUCCCAACUGUAUUGCAGGGAAAUUACAACACAUGUGAAUAUGAGGGGAAAUAGGUGGUAGCAUAUUUGCUAACAACUAUGGAAAUGCUUUGUGAAACCAGGGAAAACUCCCAGAAGACCAUGCUGUAGACUCUGUAGAAAUAUACCACUUAUGUACACCUUUGGGCACUUCAGUAGUCAAAUGUUGUAAUUCCAUCUUCUUCUAAGAAGAAAAGAGUGGACAAAAAUCAAUACAUUUCCUUGGAAAUAAAGUAGGGAGGAUUGCAUCUUGUAUUCAUGAACCUGCAAUGAUACAUUGCCAGAAGUCAUCAGCUGCUACCCUCUGAGGUGCAUAUUAUGGUGAAUUCUUCUCAGAGUUCAAAAAAGUUACUGUUUUAGAAUAUAAUCUCUAGAACCUCUCACCCAUUAUGACCACUGGCUGUGUUGGAUGGGGAAUUUGGGGAGUUGUAACCCUGUGCCCCCCCCCCCUCCGGUUUCUACAUUAUUCUUAUCCCAGACCUGUUAUCUGAAUGCAAGAUCCUGGUCUUGGGAACUACCUUGUGUUGUGUCCCCUGCAUGCAACCCAGCCUGUGGUGCAUGGGCGGAAGUCUUUGUCACCCUUGCCAGGAUUGGAAAAACCAUGCAUGGUAUACCCAUGUUAGUUAUCUUUAUUUUUGACAGUGCCACCAUUAGGUUUUUCUGCGUUAUCCUGCAGUGGAAAUGUGAAAAGAAGAAAGCAUAUCCUGUUUUUCCUUUUACAAAAUGACAUGAAAAUAAUAUCAUCAAAGAUGUUCUAUAUAAUAAUCUAUUUGUGAGCUUCUUCUUUUUGGCUUGACAAGACUAAUGGAGGCAGCUUUGAUCAGUGCUAUCCAUUAUGGUGCUUUACACUGGAAGAGUUUGCUGCUCUGGCUAUUCAUAUGUCUAAUAUGUGCCUGGUGGCCUAUGCAUCAGCUGUUCUGUGAUCAAGUUUUAUGUCUCUCUGAAAAUGGGGCAUAUUUUUUUUGUCUGGGAGUGGGGUGGCGGGUAUAUUUUUAUUCCUAACUGAUAACUGUGAUAUUUUGGUAGAAGGAAAAGUAGACAAACUUUUUGCAAAUUGAAUCUAUUCCAGAAAAUAAACAUGAAUAGUUUGAUAGACAUUAUUGAAAUAGUCUUAUAGAAUUUAAUGAGGAAGAAAUCUUGGUAAUCCAAAAAAUAUUCCUUAGGAAAAGAUACUUGGGUGGAUGAAAUAUGGUGGAGGGGAGUGGUAUGAAUGGAUACAGUGCCAACAUAAUAUCAGAAUUUGCCUUUAUUUAAUAAAUAUGCAAUACCUGAAGCUGCAUAAACUUUUGUGAGCUUAGAAAAUUAUAGAGUAAUUGUUCUCAGUGAUGAGAUAACUUCCGCAGUUUUUGAAUCCCUCCUGUUACUGUUAUUACUACUGAGAUGAUAUAUUUUAAAGAAAAUCUUACAGGACAAAUUCUGUUUGAGAGGUGCUCUGCUUUUUAGAAAAAAAUCAAGUAUCUGUCUGUGCGUUAAGUUUGUCAUCACAAACUUAAGAUGAUGUGCUAACUAACAUUGGAGGAUUGUAAGAAUGUCCUUGCUGUAGUUAGUCUCUGUUGAUUAUCAGUGGAAUGCCAAAAGUAUUUGACGUGGGCAAGAAUGGAUCAUGAAUUGAGCAAGGGAGGUGCUUCACCAUAGCGGAGUUACGUUCUUUCCAGAGUGAUUCAUGAGCCGACCAUAUUUAUCUCCCCCUAUUCUCCCUUAAGAAUAAGCUAUUGUUAGACGUGUUGGCUUAAAAUCUGUCUCAGAAGUUUAGCCUCUCCUUUGCCUUUAUGUAUCCUGAUGAGUUGAAUUCAUCAAGGGUGGAAUUAUACUGCAAAAGUGUCCCUUUCCCUUAGAUUAAUACCAUCAGCUGAGAAUAUUAUGUGGAUCCUACUACAUGCGUCCCACUUAAGUUAGAAUUUAUUUAGAAAUUGAACCUGAAACUGUGUCUUUAACAAGGGCUUGCUGAAGAAACUUUCAACUUUGAUUACUUGGAGGUUGGUUGCUACCAAAUGAUUUAAUCCAUGUCCAAAAUUGUAAUGGUAGCUUGUUUACAUGAACGAACUCCACUCAUUUCCACUUCAGAAGCCAGAAAUAAGUUUCCUAUGGUAAGCUGUUUGAGCACCAUUAUUCAUUAUGUAGAGAGUAUCUGAUUUCUGCUGUGUCCACUUGAAUUCUUUUGUGUGUCUUGCAAUGCCAUGCAAAAUGGUUAUAAGGGUAGGGACAAUGCCACCAAGCCCCAUCCACAUAUUGAUUUGAUUGUAGACACUUUGCUGUUCGCAUUCAGACUCAAGCUCAGUUCACAUAAUGGUGUGGGAUAUAAUUAAUCAUUAUUAAUGACUGACUGUCCCAUAAGAACAUUCUCUCUUGUUUGGAAAAAGCUUCUUUCCUUGUUUCCUAAUCACAGCUUGAAGAUGGAAGGCUAAAAUCAAUAGUUAGAUUCUAUUAGAACAGAGAGAGCUAUCGUUCUGAAAUGGUUUGAGAAUUGGGCUCCGAUACUAGAGACCAGGGUUUGAAUCUACUCAGCCAUGGAAACUCACUAGUUAAUCUUGGGCAAGUCACACGUUUUCAGGCUGUGAGAAGGGCAAGUUAAUUCCCUUCUGAACAAAUCUUAACACAAAAAAAUAAUAUGUGAUAGGUUUACCUUGGGAUCACCAUAAGUAACACAAGUUUUUGAGAGCCAACAUUGUGUAGUGAGGAACAUCGGACUAUAGGUUGGAAACCAGGGGUUGAGCCCCUGGUUUCCAGAGUUGUUCCUGGAAAACCACUGGGCAACCUUGAGCAAAUCACAUCUUCUCAGCCCCAGAGGAAAAAAUCUUGCCAAGAAAACCCCAUGAUAGGAUCACUUUAGUUACCAUAAGUGAGAAACAACGUGAAGGCGCACAACAAGAAUUAGAGCACAUUGAAAAAAUACUUAGUUUUAAUCUAUUUGAAGACACUUUGGGUCCCAAAUCAGAAGAAAGAGAUAUAAAUUAAAUAAAUAAUUAUUAAACGGGGGGAGAUUAUGCAACUGGGAGACAGUUAUGGAGAUGUACCUAUGAUACCUUGUGACGUUACCUCCAAAAUCCUAUCUUUGAAGUUUCAUGGUCCCUCCACCCCCCCCCCCCAAAAGAUGCUUGAGGGCAGAGGAAUAAUUCAUGAUGUAUCCAGUCCUCUCCUGUCUAUGGGAAAUAUUACAGACAGCAGGGUCCACUUGGGAUCCUGUAGCAACUGGGUGUCUCAGCAUACCCUGUAACAAGAAGAUGGUUGGACACAACUUUGCCUCAGUGCUCUCUGGAGUGUCAGAAAUGGCUGUGUUGAGGCAGAGCUAUGAGAUGUGUAAGGUAGGAUUUGAGGAGCAAUAUUGGUCACUGCAUUUGUGUAACAGCUAUAAACAUGAAUUGGAAUAAUUGCGAUGUCAUUAAGCCAGGCUUAUGGCAUUGUAAUUACUGAACAGGAUUUACAUAUAUGAAAUCUCACCAUUCAGUGAGACCCAAUAUAUAUAUUUCACCCUUUCCCUUGAUACAGUUCAAAGCCAGCUAUGAAAUGGGUUCCCACAUAAUAAUUUUCCAGAAUAAAGUAUUAUCCAAUGCCACAAAAAUAUGUUGAGUGCUCAAUAAAUGGUUGGAAGGGAUGUUAGCAGUACAGUAAAAAAGAAUGAAGUGCUUUUAACUGAGGCGAUUAUACUGGGAGUAAUAAAGUAAACCAUGUAAAAGUGUUUAUUUUAAUGUAAUUAAACCUUACAGAGGAUGUAAUGAUGUAAAAUCUAAGCAGGAAUCCAGAGAAGUUGCAAUUACAGGGUGAACUGGUGAAGAAAAAGCAUCUUUCUGGAUCAGUGUCUUUUUACUUUUAUGUUCUUAUGUGAAGGAAAUGUAAAUGCUGUAAUGCACCAAUAAAAUGGACAUGAAUGUGGGAUUUUGAAUAUCCCAAUGUUGCAA